AUGGCGCGGCAAAAGUACUUGCUCGAGCACUCCGGUGCGUUCAAACGCGAGAUCGGCGCGAUGGCGGCGAAGAUCAACAAACGCCUUCACGAGUUGGUGAUGGCGCGCGGACGUGUCGAAAGCGUCAGAGAUGACUCAAUAGUGUAUGAACGAAUUCGUUCGGAGGCGACGCGGGAUGUGACUGGAGCGGAGACCUUCGCGGCGGCGGCGGCGAGCGUCGCGAGACACUGGCGAGAUUUCCCUGUGGGGGGUUGGCCGUGGCCUACGGCGCCGCCGCCCGCUCCACUCACGAAAGGAGAAAAAGCGGUGUUAUUCUUGAAGAAACUGAAAUGUCACGGAGCACGCGAGCACGACAAGUUCGUGAACAUCAUGAACAUGCACAAAUAUAAUUUUCUGAGCGUGCGAGACGUCGAUCGAGAAGUCGCCGCGUUGCUGCCGCGUCAUCCGCUGCUGCGCGAGUUCAGAGAGACGUUCUUGCGCCCCGCGAGCGCGUGA